AUGUCUGAUCAACAAAUUGAAGAGUUUCUUGCAAAAGAACCAAAAGUUCCAGUAAAAUUUAACCAUAAUGUUCAAGGACUUGGCAAAUAUAUUGGUUCAGCAAAAUCAAAUAAUGUUUCAGCAAAUCAAUGUGUAGAAUUACCAUUUUAUAUAGCCGCAGUUUUGUUUAAACGUCGUUUAGUUACGAUGGAUAGACCGGCAUUUUUAGAAAAUAAAAUUGUAAAUGCAUUACAAGUUAAUCCAUUAAAUGUUAAUUUACGUAUUUUAUGUCCACAGUUUUAUACUUUUGCCAUAAAAUAUUUAGAAUUGUACGAAGAUCCUGAUUUAGCUGAAAUUCUGAUAAAGAGUAAGAAAAUUAGAAGUCUUGAAAUAUUUGAUCGAGCAAAGAGAAUUUAUGAAGAUCAUAAUGAGUUUAUCGAAAAAUUGGAUGAUGGAGAACAACUAAUGUUUGAGAAACAAAGAGCAAUAUGUGAAGAUAGUUAUGUAGAUUAUUUGAGAGAUUUUUCGAAACGCUCCUGA